UUUUCUAUGGUUGCACACCCUGAUCUGCGGCUAAUUUUCGUAACUAAUUUUUGUAUUGGUGCACGACUGCGUACACCGAGAUAGAAGCCGAGAUUUGAUGACUAUCGAGAAACGGCAAAUCCGAGUUGCGACAAAAUAAAACGCGGGAAAGCGUAAACUCAAAACAAAAACAUUCAAAACAAACCGCUACUAUGCACAAUGUUCUGUUGAUGCCGAUGUCGGUCUCCAAUGGUUUCGCUUGAAUACUACUAUGCCUGGCGUCACUGCAGUGGUUGCGAAUUUCUGCUAGUGAAGAUGCAGGUGAAGUGAGGUGACUUCGUGCACAGGCCGUCUGCCUUUAGACAGCGGACUUCAGAAUCCUAGCAAAACGCAACCCUGAUCUCUACGACGGCAAAAAGAGUCCUAGAACAUGGAUGGGCUGGGGGGCUCAUCCCAGCGGCACCGGGCCCAGGACCGGGAAAUAGAACAGCGCUAUGCCAACCUGCUCACGCCCAUCCGAGACCUGACCAAGAACUUCGAGGUCGAUAUUGCUGCAUACCUGGACCAGUACCUCGGGGAGUUGUCACAAACUCCGAUCACCUACCAGGAAGGCGAGUCCAGUGUAAAUUUCACCCAGGCAGCCUUUCUGAUCCAAGGAAGUGCCUUUGUCUAUGGCAAAAAGGUGGAAUACCUCCAUUCCCUUGUACAAAAGAUGGCGGGAGAAAUAGUUCAUAACAGCCUAAAAGGCGACACACAGGAGAAUGCCAAAGAAGGUGGCGGAUCAUCAGCGCGGCGGAAAAAAGAUGACACGCAGUUUAUGAUGCACGAAGAUAUGGAGCUUGCGGACAGUUUGGAUGACCUGCCGACCCCAAGGCAAGCAGCGCGGAACCAGGCCGCGGCGCAGCGGAAUCAGUUCAGGAGGCAACGCCGGAGACCUCUGGCCAUGGUCGUCUUUGACACAGAAAAGGAGACCAAGCUCUUCGACCUCAAGAACGACGUGGUGGGUUACCGAGUUGACUAUCGGCUUUACACCGGCGUGCACGAAAUGGCCGAGUCCCAGGAUCAGCAGCAGCAAGAGUGCUGUCGGGAUUCUGACCCCACCGCUUCACCUUGUAUGUCACCGAUGGACACGCCUUUGGACAUGGCCGAUGAUUGUGGACCAGCUUCUCCGCUGCCGAUGUCAGAGGAUGCUGAAAUGGUGCCCUUCUGUGGGGACAUCGGGGCCUUCGAGGAGUGCCCAGCCAAGCCAGAUGUGGAGGAGACAUCCACAGUGCCUGUGCCUCCGGUCCGGCAGUCAAGCCUAGCCAAGCGCAUCAAGGAGGAACGUGUCAAGCACGAGCAGCAGCAACAUCCAGCACAGCCAUUUAUAGUUGUCAAGAGGCUACAUGACCCAAUGGAGGAAGUGCUGGGGAAGGAUAAGCCGCUGGUGAUUCGCCGGAGGACGCGGAAGCGAGCCUUCGACGAGUGUGCCUCCUUGGAUGGCGAGACUGUUUCGACUGUCAUCGUUCCCGUUGCCGCCAUCUGGGUCAAGCAGAGCCACUAUCCACAUUUGUUGACCAAGGAGCUGCAGUUGCGGAAGCAAGGGGAAGUCCUACCGGGAGGGGAGCGGUACCUUCGGCAAACUCUGGAAGCCCUGAAGAAGAUGGACAAAGGGAAGGACCAGAGCAAGGAUGGAUUUGAAGACACAGCCGAGGACGUGGAUGACAUCGACGACAUGCCAUGUGAUGACCUUCCGGGGGCAGAAGAAGAAGAGAAGGACCUCGAUCUGGCAUGUUGUGCCAACAUCAAGCUGCCCGAGGUGGCUGAGCAAGGCCCACCUCCAUCGGAUGAGUCUUCAGAAAAAGACUCUUACGAGAAGCUGGUCCAUAGCUACCUGCAGGAGUUCCAUGAACCUUUGUCGGAGUGCCAGCUCUCUGACCUGCAAAAAAGAGUGGCUGAUUGGGAGAGUCGAAUCAGGCCUAUGCUCGACAUCGAAGAGGAGCGGGAGAGCUUCAACAUUCGCACCUACUGCAACCGAGUGCUGGACCAUUUUUCCGACGCGCCAUCCAAGCAGACCCUCUACUUUCGUCAGAUCUGCAGGGGCCGGCACGUAUGGGAGGUGUCUCGGUACUUCGCUUCCACACUGCAACUGGCCAACAACUACAAUGUGGAGCUCAAUACAGACGGUGUGAUGGAGGAGGGCAUGGAUACACUGCAACUCACGUUGCUUUCGCGGAAGCAGCACUUCCAUGAGCUUGAAGAGUUUGGUGACAACAAUGUCAGCUUGACAAACUCAUCCGAGCCAGCGAGGAAAGGGAAGCAGGCCCGCAAGCGGCCACCAGCUGUCUCGUAUCCAGAGGACCCCAGUGAUGUGUUGCGUGAAAACCCUGUGGUUCCCGACCCUGACUUUUGCACUGACCCACGACUUCCUCGAACUGUGCGGACAACAGUGCGCGCCAAGUCAAGAAUGCGUGCCCUUGCUGCGGUCACAUCGCUAGCAGAAGACUCGUCUGAGGGUGAAAAUGACGAGAAUAUGGCGACAGCUUUUGUGUAACUUGACUGGCUCCUUCUCGGUGGUGGCUACUGUGUGUGUGUGUGUAUGUGUGUUAGUGCGUGCAAGCAACGUUCGGCAUGACCUUCUCGCAAACGCAUCAUCUGCUCCCUUCCCUAUAACGUUUCGGGCGUGGCACCACUGAAAGUUACAUGCUCCCUUUUUUAAAUCAAGUCGUUUAUUGCACAAGAAAAAUGGACAAAAGUGCUAGUAAUUUAUACCAAAUUGGUUUUGCUAGUUUCUGCAAGGACAAGGGCUUUUUUGAAUCUUUACAGCCUAAAUCUUUUAAACUUUUACUUCGUUUACUUUUAUUUUGUAGUACCAUAUGAUCCUUGAUCAGAGAGCAAGUGGGUGUAGCCGAUAAUCUAAUUAACAUGGAGAGAAAAUAAUGGCACUGGGCAGGUCAUGUAAUGCGCAGGUUAGAUAACCGUUGGACCCUAAGGGUUACAGAAUGGGUACCAAGAGAACAGAAGCUUGGUAGAGGACGGCAGAGGAUUAGGUGGUGUGAUCAAAUUAGGAAAUUCGCGAGUGCUAGUUGGAAUCGGUUGGCGCAGGACAGGGGUAAUUGGAGAUCGCAGGGAGAGUCCUUUGUCCUUUAGUGGACAUAAAAUAGACGGAUGAUGGUGAUGACUAUGACCCUGAAUUGUGUCGGGCUCAGGUGAGAUGCUGCAUUGCAUACUCAGCCAAGCAGCCAAUUGCCACCCGUCGUCACCUGUGCACGUACUUUAACCUGACACACCGCAUGAAUUGGUGAUCACGUAUGACUGGAGAAUGACAGUCAGCUUUCUAUUUGCUGUGUUCAUGCCCUUCAUGCAUAUUGCGAGACUUAAGGCCAGGUACCAGGCAGGUUAGGUAAGCCACCCUACAUUUAUAGGAAAUUGGGCAGAGUCGUGGAGGUGGAGAAGCAGCCGAGAUCGGCUGCCGCUCCAAGCAAGUGUACAGCAUGCGCUCUCACCUGAGCCCUUGUUUUAUGGCUUCUUAAAUGUGCUUGUCUAGCUUUUAUCUGCGUGUGUGAUGCUCAUCAAAAGCAGAUUUUGGCAUCGCGACAGUUCCCUCCGUCCCCAGUCUGGCUGUUCCUUGCGAUGAUGUGGGCAGGGCACUGCUCGUGCUGGUGAGUUAAUGGCAUAGAGCAGUUGCAAUAUUCCAGCGCAGGUCUGCUUUACAAGAGCUGGAGCUACAAGUACAGUGGGGGGGAUCUUUUGGAGCCGGAGAUGUUUUAGACAUGAGCCUUUUUGCUUGUCUGUUUCACUUGCCAAUCACCACACAUACGUCAUUGCCUCACCUCCUCAUUGUUGUGCAAGCUGCUUACAGUUGGACUGAACGUAGAGCCGCCUUCACUUCAUCUUCCCAUGUUUUAAAAUGUGUUUACCUGGAGCAGAUGCUGCCUUGCAUGUUUCAUUAGUUCGUAUGCUUCCCAAAGUACUUUCAGUGCACAAGAAUUUUAGGUGUUGCCCUUUAUUGCUUGAAAUCUGCACCUUUUAGUGUUGGCAUAUUGCUGGACUUCUCACGGCAACACUGUCUGGCGUAGCUGCAACGGCCUUGUCUGCAAACAAACUUUUGAUUGACAGGGGAUUGAAUACACAUUUCUUAGAUGCCUUUAGCCAACAGUGUACUGUGUGAUUAGCAUCUCUAAGCACCUUGUGUCUGAAUUUGCAGUCCUGUGUUCAGAAGUGUCUCUGCCUGUCGGAAACCAUGUAUCUAAGGCGAUUUGCACACAUUGCGUGUUAAAUGCAUACAUGAAGCAGCAGUCAUAAUAAUUUCACUAACUUAUUUUUUGGAAAUUGUCUUAUCAGUUUAUGUUUGGUGGAAAAUGGUGCCUAUCAAAGGAAGUGCUUUCUUGAUAUGGUGUUGCUACAUACAUGAAAAUGUUAUUCACAUUUAAAAAUGAAAUGGGACAAUGCAGUCGUUGGAAAAAACAGAAGACUUCUGGUACUCUCAUCAUUCAUGUGUUUUCGACAAACAGUGUGCAACAACGAACUGUGACAAAGAGACUGAAUUCCUGUGUGAAGACUAAAAUGUGAUAAGAGUGUAUGACAGCUUCCACUACUGAAAGUGCAAAUAUGAAGGGAGAGAGAUUUUUCAGUUGUAUGUUUCAUAAUGCACGAGCUGUGAACAUUUAGUGGUGCCACUGUGCAAAGCUUUGCUCUGGUAUGUUGCGCACGCUAAUUAGCUGCUCUGAUGCAUUUUAAUAAGUUUGUUUUUUAUUCAUGCAAAGCGCAAGCACUUUAACAGAAGUUUGGUGACGGCAAGGCAGAUGCUGAAUAUAAAGAUGUGUGCUUGAUAGAAAGGAAGACUGCAGUGCCUUACCAAUUAAAAUGCGGCAGGAAAAAAAAGAGCGCCAACUGAUCACCAUUGCAGUCUGGUUUUCCUCUUCCUCUCACAAUCCUUAUCCCGCAAGUCUUGUGACAAAUUACCAAAAACUCUUGCUGUCAUCACAUCUGUUUGUAGGCACUGAUCUGUCAAGCAUUUCCAUAGCUAUUGUACAGCUUGUGUAGCAGUAUUUUUUGUCUCUUUCCAUACUAUGUCUCUGGAAGGAAUUUUCAAGUUGUGACGUUUCGGAAGAUGUAGCCACGCUGCCAUUUCUUUGGCCGGUUUCAUGGGCCCUUAUGUGCACAAAAGGGCGUUACGAUGUUCAGUGGUUAAUGGUGACGGACAUCUGCGUCAUUUCAGCCUGUGCUGAGGUCGAAAAAGAAUGCACGCUUAGUCAGAAAUUUAAGCAUAUGGCAUGGCUUAACACACCUUGGAGGAGGAGCAAAAAAACAACUAAAAAAUGUUGAAUGCUCAAUUUAGGUGCGGUGGAGAGGCAACGGACCGCACAUUGUUGCUUUAAUGUUGCUAACUGGAAUGUUAAGAUUUCGCCUUAAGAGUGUCAGUGUUGCUUUUCUCAGCAGGCUGUACUGUUGUCCCGCCUGCAGAGGGGGAAAGUUGAGGCACGGGCGUUUGUACUUCUGGGACACUGCAGGUGCCUGUGUGCACAGCCUACUGCAGUUCUAUGUAUGUAGAGCCAUUGUAAAUAGUGUAAAAAGGUAACCAAAGCAUCGGCAAAACACCCCAGCUGCCAACUGGGGCAUGCUACAUUUUAUUUUUUUGCUGAAUCCUGUACAGUAUAAUAUGACCAUAUUUGGAAAAGCAUCGCAUGUAGAGUUCACUGUUUUCAGACUAAUAUCAUUCAUUGAGAUUGCCUUUUCUACCCAUGUUUUUUUUUUUUUUUUUUAAACAUAGAAAGCUUGUAUUGUGUACCCAUUUGAUGAACAACUGAUGCAUAAUUUAAGUGAGAAGAAAAAGAAAGUGUGGCGAUAUUUUGAAGAAAUUAAAUGCUUAUUGGACUGGU